CUCUUUCCUCUUUGUCCUCGACCUAGCAAACACGGGCCUUACCGGCUCCAUUCCUCUUAAUCUUGGGAGGCUGCGUAGGCUAAGGUACCUUGGUCUUCGCGACAACAAUCUAUCAGGCUCCAUCCCCUCUACAAUGGGAAAUCUCACCAGUCUCCAUGUUCUUGAGCUGACGAAUAACAGCAUCUCAGGUGGGAUCCCUGUCGAAUUACAGGGUUUGCGAAACCUUCGGUACAUAAACUUUCAAACGAAUUCGUUGAGUGGUUCCAUACCGUUGGAUUUAUUCAAUAACACACCAUGGUUGAUCGAGCUGAACCUUGGCAACAACAGCUUGUCAGGGACGAUACCAAACAGUAUUGGCUACCUGCCUGUGCUUCAAUCUCUUGUCAUGGAAUUUAACCAACUGUCUGGGCUGGUACCCCAAGCCAUCUUCAACAUGUCUAUGCUGCAAGAGAUGUAUCUUGAGGGUAACCAUCUUAUAGGACCUAUCCCUAGCAACGAAAGCUUUAGCCUCCCCAUGGUUCAAACCAUCUCCCUGUCCUUGAAUCGUUUCACGGGCGAGAUUCCAAUUCGACUUUCUGAAUGCCAAAAUCUCGAGAAACUUGGUCUAUCUAAGAAUUUCUUUGAGGGUAUAGUACCUACAUGGCUGGCGAAAUUGCCUAGGCUUCAAUUGAUAUACUUGGGCAUAAACAAACUCAAUGGCCCUAUCCCAGCUGCUCUAAGCAAUCUAACCAAUCUCCUUGAACUAGACCUAUCGCUUAACAAUUUAACAGGAGGGAUUCCACCAGAACUAGGACAACUCAAUCAGCUCGCGUUAUUGGACCUCACACAAAAUCAAUUGACUGGGUCUUUUCCAUCGUUUGCUAGUAACUUGUCAGAAUUAUCUUAUCUUGUGUUGGAUCAAAAAAAUUUUACAGGUUUUGUGCCAUCGACUCUAGGUAGCACAGGGAAUCUUCUAUCUGUUUCUUUUUAUGAGAACUAUCUUGAAGGGAAUAUUAACUUCCUGUCCAGUCUUUCGAACUGUAGAGGACUCUACCAACUUUAUUUUGGGCAGAAUCAUUUCACUGGAGGAAUCCCAAAUUUUAUUGGAAAUCUCUCUGAUCACCUAGAAGUUUUCUUAGCAAACACCAACCAUUUAGUCGGUGAGGUUCCUUCUUCCAUAUCCAAUUUAAGCAUCCUCACUAUUAUCGACUUCUCAGAAAACCAACUUAGUAACGUUAUUCCCAAAACAAUCAAGAUGAUGGAUAAGUUGGUUAUUAUGUAUCUCUAUAGAAACCGCUUGUUUGGACCAAUCCCAGAACAGUUUGGAGUGCUUGGGAAUCUAGAAGCACUUGACCUCCAUGAUAAUCAACUCUCUGGCCCCAUACCACAUGAGCUCGGCAACCUAUCCAAGUUAAUAGCCCUUGAUCUAUUUCAAAACAUAUUAUCCUCAUCAAUACCGGUAAGCUUAUUCCAUCUUGUGGGCCUUAUACAGAUUGACCUAUAUCAAAACUACUUGAACGGUGCACUACCAGAUGAAAUAGAUAAGUUGUUACAGAUUACCUUCAUAGAUCUCUCUAGUAACCACUUUCUGGGUAGCCUCCCGGGUUCCUUUGGACAACUGCAAACACUAACAGACCUAAAUCUAUCACACAAUUUACUCAACCAUUCAAUUCCAAAUUCUUUUGCCAAUCUAACCAGCUUGAAGUCACUGGACCUAUCCUUACAUGAUCUAUCGGGUUCCAUUCCAGUGUAUUUGACUCGAUUUAAAGAUCUCACCACCUUGAACCUAUCAUUCAACAAACUAUAUGGUCAGAUACCAGAAGGGGGCAUCUUUACAAAUGUUACGCCUCAGUCUUCGAUGGGGAACUCGGCUUUGUGUGGUGCCUCCCAUUUAGGAUUUCUUCCAUGCCAAAGCAACUACCACUCAACUAAUAAUAGACACAUACUUAAAUUCUGGGCCAUCGGUAUCGUCACAUUUGUUGGGGUUGGAGUAAUGUGCUUAUACACGGUAAUCAGUAAAUGGAAGAAGCGAGAGAUGACAGUUUCUUCUUCUGGCAUGGUUGACAUGAACAGCCAUAUGUUAGUCUCGUACCAUGAGAUUGUUCGUGCCACGGAUAACUUCAGUGAAAGCAACCUGUUGGGUACUGGAACCUUUGGCAAAGUUUAUAAGGGCCAACUAAGUAACGACAUGGUGGUUGCAAUAAAAGUGUUAAAUAUGCAGCUAGAACAAGCUAUUAGAAGCUUUGAUGCCGAAUGUAAUGUGUUGCGCAUGGCUCGACACCGCAAUUUGAUAAGGAUAAUAAGCACUUGUUCAAACCUGGACUUCAAAGCGUUGAUUCUUGAGUACAUGCCCAACGGUAAUUUGGAAACUUACUUGCACACUGAGACUAGGCAGCGUUUGGGAAUCCUAAAGAGGCUGGACAUUCUGCUCGAUGUGUCAAUAGCAAUGGAGCAUCUACAUUAUGGGCACUGCGAGGUUGUCCUCCACCGUGACUUAAAGCCGAGCAAUGUGUUGCUGGAUGAAAACAUGACACCACGUGUCGCAGACUUUGGAAUUGCAAAGUUAUUAUUCGAUAAUGAGAACAGUGUAGCCUCUGCAAACACGCCAGGAACUAUAGGAUAUAUGGCACCAGAGUAUGGAUCCAAUGGAAGAGCAUCAAUGAAGAGUGAUGUGUUCAGCUACGGGAUCAUGCUUCUUGAGGUAUUCACGGGAAAGAAACCAACAGAUUCAAUGUUUGUGGGUGGAAUAAACAUUAGGCAUUGGGUUAAUCAAGCAUUUCCAGAAAGGCUUAUUAAUGUUGUGGAUGAGAAUUUACUGCAAGAUCUCCCUAAUCCCAUGGAUAAUUUCCUUGUGCCAAUAUUUGAGUUGGGUUUGCUAUGCUCGAAUGAUAUACCUGACCAAAGGCUGACGAUGAAAGAGGUGGUUGUGACACUGAACAAGAUAAAGGACUACAUUUGUUCUACAGCACAACAAGAUCCCAUGCCAUGAUACUGUUUAGAAAUAUUUGUAGAGCAAUGCGUACGCGUUAAAUAGUUCAGCAGCCCCUCUCCGAUAUUUUGUGAUCAGUGGAUGUAAGUGUUUGCUAGUUCUUGGACUCAUGGAGUCCCACUUGUCUUUGCAAUAACAUUUUAAUGCACA